CCCAUCACGCAACACGCACGUUUAGCUUGCGCACUUGUGUGCAUUCCUGCCAUUGUCAUCGCGCAAACCUUACUUCACCACCGGCAUCUGCCAGCCAGCAUUCAGCCAGCACCAUACUGCGGCGUUUCCGCCACUUCCGCAAGACACCAGGCGAUUACCACACAAACCACCCAAAUCUGUCGCACACCCCCAUCGCCCAUUCACCCAUCGCCCAUCCACCCAUCCAUUAGGAUUGCCCUCCUUGCUGUGUUCACAGCGGUUCACCAACCCAUCUGCGCGUUCGGGCUGCAUUUCUUUCCCAAGCACCCGGUCUACUGCAACGAGCGCCCACAAGGCCGCGUGAUUGCGUUCACAGAGCAACGCAUACGUCGUCGACAACCGAGCACAACUUUGUUGUCCAUUUUUCACACACCCCGCACCCCUCAGCAGCAAACAAACACACAUAUACACAUACGCGCACACACACACAUACACACACACCACAUACACAUAUAUACACAAACCAGGACCGCACACCCCCCUCCACGCAAUUGACGCACCGAGAGCCCAACACCGCCAGACCCGCGCAGCGCAAGCCAAGCACAGCACAGCACGACAAGACCAGAGCACAACGCAGCCCGACAGCUGCCACGCCAUCAUGGACACCACAUCGGACUAUGCCACCGUCUUCGGCACCAAGGCCAUCCACCCCACAGACAAGGUUGAGCGGCCGCCCACCCUGCAGGAGCUGCUGGUGAAGCAGGCCGAGACCGGCGUUGCAGAUCCAGCGCUCACCCAGCUGCGAAAGGCGAUGGAGCACAAGCAGCUGAGCAACAGCCGCCCAGCCUCUCGCGCACGGUCAUCCACAACAAGCAGCACCGACCGCUCCAGCUCCAGAACCAGCGAGGACCACGAGGUUGAGGCCGCGCUCACCCGCUCGUUUCAACGCCACCACCUCAAUGUGCCUGGCGCCGACGCCGCCAUCAUCGCCGCAAACGCCGCUGGCGAGGAAGAGAAGGAGGAGGAGCGCGACAGCAUCUCGCCGCUGCCGCACAGCUUCGAUCCAGACCAGCGCCGCCGCAGCCAGAGCGUGUCCACCAGCCACGAGCUUCGGCGACCAGGCAGCCCGCGCCAGUUUCGCUCCCGCGCCGUCUCGCACGGCUGCCGGCCGCGAUCCAUGAGCUCAGCGAGCGACGCAAACGACAUCCACCCGGCCGUGGACGAGCUCCUGUCUGGAUUCCACGGCGCGCUCUCGCGCCAGGACGCAGAGAUUCGCGUGGUUGGCACGCCGCCCGGCUCGUAUCUUGUGCGGGAGAAGCGCAUUGAGCGGCUCUACGCACUCACCGUUCAUCUCGGCGACGGCCAAGUCCAGCACCAUCUCAUUGAGAAGCCAAAGUGA